AUGGCCGAGUCUCAGCCCCAGAUGACCGGCGGCCAAGGCGCCUCGGCGGAGCCCAAGGAGCCCCUUCAGCAACCCCAAGGCGCCGUCGAGAUGAAAAAGAUCGAUUCUUCAGUGCCCGACAUCCCGGCCAAGGACGACGACCCCACUACCGCAGACGGCGCGGCAUCAUCCACAUCGGUGAAGGGCAAGGAGAAAGAGGUGCCACCCCCAUCAAACCGCCAGGACAGGGCAGACUCCCUUUCGAUAGGGGCCGCAGACGACCCGGACGGAUCACCUUCCAAUCCUGCGGAUGGCCCCGUAUGCAACAUCACAUUGCUGCUCCCCACCGGUGCACGCCACCCAUAUAAAAUCGACGACAAGUACCUGGCAAAGCGGAACGUGGAAGUACCUGAGGUCACCGAGAACGGCAAGAAGGACCCCUUCAGUGUCAGUGUCUACAAACUGAAGGAGCUCAUACUACGGGAGUGGCGCGACGAAUGGGAGGGCAAGCCAGCCAGCCCCAGCAGCAUACGUUUGAUUCACUUCGGAAAAUUACUAGAUGAUAAGGAGCAAUUGAAAAAGUACCAGUUCAGCCGCGAGAUCCCAAACGUGGUCCACAUGUCCGUCAAACCGGCCGAAAUGUUGGAAGAAGACGAAGCUGGGAAGGGCAAGAGCGGCAGCAGUGGCGGUCGAAAUUCCGAAGGAGGCUCAGGUUGCUGCGUCAUAUUAUAA